AUGGCGACCGCCUUCGCAGUAUCAACACCUUCACCUCCCCCUACCAUCCGAACUCCACCCACACCCAAGCACGGCUGGAGCGACAACUGGGAACCCUACUCUCCUCGCAAGUCGGCGCGUAUUUCGUCUCGUCGAGCUGCCAACCGAACUCCCUCCCCCAAACCGCCAUCCCACCGCACUCCUCCACAAUCAACCCGCAAACCCAUCGCACCUUCCACCGCCGCCGCCAUCAUGUCGCCGGCCUCUACCCCCCAGAAAAAGCGCCAACCCGCUCAAGAUUCCGUCCAAAGAACUUCUGGAUCUAUGUCCGCCGCCAACACUUCUCACGCCGCUUCGUCGCUUGGAACUGAUGAAACGAGCCAUCAACUCCACAACACUUCCGUCACCCGCCGAUCCGGUAUGCUGCCCACGCCGGCUAAGACGCCCAAGAAGGCGCCCUCGGAGAAGCAGAGCGCCCUGAUCAGGUCGGUGGCACGCAAUCUGUUCCCGACCGAAGAGGAGGGACUGGCUACCCCGAAGAGAAAGCGAACCCCGAAGAAGUAUUCCGGCAGUUCGUUGGAGAGCGUCACAGCCACGGAAGUCGAGCAGCAGAUCGAGAUUUUCACCGACUCGCAAGACCGCAUCCCCGAGGCUGACGAGAGCGUCGACAACCCAUUCUACGGCGAUAGCGCCGCCGUCGAUCGCGAGCCCCCCCGCCGCCGCAGCAAGCGCAGGGUCGCGGUUCCCGGCGAAGCCCCCCAAGCUGUAGACAAAGCGCUCCAGCGUGAGGACGGCAUGGUCUAUGUCUUCCGAGGAAAGAAGAUCUUCCGCAAGUUCGCUGAGCCCGAGGACGAAGAGGAGGAGGACGACGCCGAGAGCAGCUCGAGCGAAUCUCGCAUCCGCAGGCCCCUCACGCGCUCUUCCAUCAAGCCCCGCUUGCUGUUUCCCGUUGCACCCAAGACAUCUGCUAUCAGCUCCACCCUUGAGGAAGAGGAGGCCGUCACCGACAUCGAAGAUCAUCACCUUGAGGAGGAAGAGGAUGAAGAGGAAACUCCAGAGACCCCGGCAGAGUACCAGGAUGAAUGCCCCUCGACCCCGCAAGCACCCAAGUUCGGCCGGACAGUUGCCACACCCCCCGACACCAGACGCACCACCCGAUCUGGUCUGAAGUCGGAGGAGGCGACCCCGAUCAAGCGCAGGGGCCGACAGAGUCCGUUCGAUGGCUGGCCACGGGUCAAGAGCCGUCAUGAGAGUUCAGCCCCCAAACGCGCCGGAGGUAAUGACCUGCCAGCUCCUGCCUCGAAACGUAGUCGUGGCUGA